CCGAUCAUUCACCGCAAUACUUCUACUGUUCUUGUAUAAUUAGCUAACCACGUCGUCCUGAGUUUUAUAAAGUAUUGUUGCUGGAUAAUUGAAUUGCCUAAUUUGUGUAUCAAUCGCAGUCCAAAAAUCAUCAUGGCGGCUCUGAAGAAAGUUGUUGUAGUUGGGGUUUCCACGAGCGGAAUGGCCAACCUAGGAGCGUCUGUUGUUGAAGAGCUCAAGGCAGACGGGAAUUUUGAGAUCACAGUAGUGUCUCGCAAGUCCUCCCCCACAGCAACAGAAGGCGUCAAUCUGGUCAAGGUGGACGAUAGCUUUCCCGAGGAUGAUUUGGAGAAGGCAUUUACAGGCCAAGAUGCCGUGGUGAUGACUACCAACUUCCAGAUAUUCGGGCAGGAAGACAAGUUCAUCAAUGCGGCAGUCAAGGCUGGCGUCAAGAGAUUUAUAUCUUCCGAUUUUGGCAGCAACACAAGAAACGCAAAAACCCUAGCCAUGUUCCCCAUGAUGGGAGGUAAAGCUAGAGUGAACAGCGAACUCCAGGCCAAAGAAGGCACUGGACUAACUUGGACAGCAAUUCACACUGGCAUCUUCCUAGACGUCGGGCUGAUGACGGGAUUCUUGGGCUAUGACCUGAAGGAGCACACUGCUACGAUCUGGGACGAUGGUAAUGCUACGUUCUCCGUUUCUACGAAAGGAAAUGUCGCAAAAGCGGUCACCAGAGUUCUCAGGAAUCCUGAAAUUACCAGCAAUCAGCACGUGUUUGUAUCGUCGCUGGAAACAUCGAUGAAUGAGAUCCUAUCCGGACUCGAGAAGGGUCAAGGUGUCAAGUACGCAGUUUGUUAUACCACGACAGAGGAAGAAGUUACAUAUGGCAAAGAAAUGCUAGCAAAAGGGGAGUUCAUGAAAUCACACAAAUUGCUAUUGGCUGCGAACCUUAUUCCAGGAUACGGAAACAACUUCGCAGAAGAAGAGAAGCUCUGGAAUAAUGUCUUGGGAGUGCCUCGAGAGAGCAUUGAUGACGUGGUGGGCAAGGUGAUCAGAGGCUAGGAGAGAUCUCAAAAGAAUGGCUCCAAGCAAGAACUUUUCUAGUCAACUGUAGAAUUUAGGAUCGAUUUCCUUCUGGAGUUUAUCAACAUCGAUGAAUAAGAAAGACGGUGUCAGCUAACAAAUAAUUAUGG